AUGUCUGCCAAGCAGGGCCUCAUGAAGUACAACAAAGAAGCAGAACUGAAGCUAAUUGCGGAGUUUGCACAUUUGCUGGAGUUCCAAGUUUUCCACGGAGUUAAAGCAGACGGACCUGACGGCAUUUCUUUGGAAGAAGAGAGAGGAGCCGGAGACAUGAUCAAUCUUAUUGAGGAAAAGAUCAAUAGAGGACACACCGAUGAAAAUCCAGUGCUAGGAGCUAGGAGCAAUUUCAAUGGUCGAGUGCAGCGGGGAAUCUACACCAAGGAUGAGACAGCUUCUCCUACUGUAGAUCAAGACUCGCUUUUUAUCACCUGCAUCGUCAACGCAAUCAAGGGAAGGUUUAAGACCACCAGCGACGUCAGAGGAGCUUACCUAAAUGCAAAGAUGAAGGAUAGAGUAAUCAUGCGCAUUUCGGGACCUGAAGUCAAUAUCUUCUUUGGGCUUGAUCCCAGUCUAAAGGAAUUUGUCACCGUCGUGAGGGGAAAGAAAGUGCUCUAUGUACAAUUGGACAGAGCAUUAUAUGGGUGCGUAAAAAGCUCGAUUUUAUGGAUUUGCUGGUAUAUAGACAAUAAUAACAUCAGUCAUGUGAAAUUGGAGGUUGUACAGGAUAUCAUCGGGAAGAUUGAAGCCAAGUUUGGAAAGAUGACAAACAAGUAUGGCGGAGAGCAUGGGUUUUUGGGAAUGAAGAUAAGCUACAAAGAUGACAAAGUAGAGAUCAGCAUGAAGAAGCAUAUUCUGAAAGCAAUUGAUAUGUUCAUGGAGGAUAUCAAUAGAGAGGCAACUUUGCCUGCCAAGGCUUAUCUGUUCGACGUGAGAGAAGUGGCAAAAGAUUUGAAAGGUCCGAUAGACUUGAAAAGAAUCAUUGGUUGA